UUUGAGAAAUUUCGAAAUUAUGCUGCAUUUAGUGCAAAGCGGUAAAAGUCACUCCGUAACGACAAGUGUACCGGAAGGUUUGCCCGAACUUCUUUCCGAUAUAACACAAGAAGUCAUACGCUGGCAGCCAUCAACCGAAUGUAUGUGUGAAUUUAUAAUCGAUUACUUACGCUCGGUAAUUGCAGCCCGUGAAAAGUUACGAGUCGCGAAUAUGAUUAUUGAUCGCGCCUUGAGAAAAGUCGAUGAAAUCAUGGCUGACUUGUGCAUUUGCGGCAUAGCUAAAGAAAAGUCCGAACAAAUGAGCAUAGUUAUGGAGAAAUGCUUUAAACGUUUCUUAGCUAAACGCCGUUGCGAGAAGGAUAAGCAGAAUGAAGUCUUCAAACUCGUAGAACUGGAUAUACUGGACGAGUUGAUAAAAAAGUGUAAAUUUAGUGAUCUUGAAUUGAAAAAGACGCGAACAUUUAUCGAAGCAGCCUACGAUAGGUUUGUGGAUAUGUAUCUGAAGGCGCAGAAGGACGUAGACCCUACCGAAACCUUGUACCAAUACCUUGAGGAACGCGAACUGCAACGUUUAAGCGAACGAAAAUCAAGUGAGGCGGCUACCAAAAUACAGGCAUUCUUUCGCGGUUAUAUGGUCAGAAAGACUUUACGUGAAUUGAGGCAAACGACGAUGUGGUGGCAAACAAAUCCUGAGGUACCUUGUUCGGAUGAGCGAAUCAAAUCAUUGUAUGGUAUGGAAAAACCUAAAAUUCAGCAAACCUAUUAUGUCGAUGAUGAAUGUAAGUACAGCUCGAACGUAUCAAUGGCAGCGCGUUCAGCCCAGCAGUUUAAAACACGAGUUUCGCAGAAACAAAGACAACAAAGCGUUAGCACCUGGACAUAUCCAGAUUCCAUAGUGGAGCAAGAGGGCUUUGUAAAGCGGAUAUACAAAGCACCCUCUGAAACUAUGAUGGAUACUUUUGGAAAAUCGGAAGAUCAAGAAGACUUUGAAAGUGACGACAUAUAUAACGCUGCUAUAGAAGACGAUUUUCAAUUUGUGACCUAA